CGGAAAGUAGAGAGGAGAGAGAGAAAAGUAUGACAAGAAUGAGAAAGAAAUCAGACAACAACCUUCUUAGCCUCCUCCAUAUCCUCCUCUCCACUUCUUCUCCUUCGCCAUGAGUUCUAUGCUAGGCCAGCAAGAACCAUAGCGAGAGCAAGCAACAGCUAGUGGCAGCACUCGAGAACGAGCUAGGGGAGGAAGGGAGGGUAGAGAGAAGAUCGACAGCCCUGCUAGUGUCCAACAACCCAGAGGCAAGGGCGGCUACCGAAAGGGAAAAGAUUCCCUUGUUCUUGACCGGCUUCUCAGGGACAAAUCUGGAGGCGGCGAUGGCAUCCAAUUCAUCAGCGGCCGCUGUGGCAGCCAUGUUUGGAAUUAGGGAUGCCGACCACCAAGACCAGAUGAAGCCGCUGCUUGCGCAGCAGCACCAGCACCAGCACCAGCACCAGAUGCCACCUGCGCCGCUGCUCAACGCCGCUUCGUCGUCGGCGGGGCCCGGCCAGGCGGCAGGGGCAACCCCGCCGGCAGUGAAGAAGAAGAGAAACCUACCAGACCCUGACGCGGAGGUGAUCGCGCUAUCGCCCAAGACGCUGCUGGCGACGAACCGGUUCGUGUGCGAGGUGUGCAACAAGGGGUUCCAGCGGGAGCAGAACCUGCAGCUGCACCGGCGCGGGCACAACCUGCCGUGGAAGCUGAAGCAGAAGGACCCGUCGCAGGCGCAGCGGCGGCGCGUGUACCUGUGCCCGGAGCCGACGUGCGCGCACCACGACCCCUCCCGCGCGCUCGGCGACCUGACGGGGAUCAAGAAGCACUUCUGCCGCAAGCACGGCGAGAAGAAGUGGAAGUGCGACAAGUGCUCCAAGCGCUACGCCGUGCAGUCGGACUGGAAGGCGCACUCCAAGGUCUGCGGCACGCGCGAGUACCGCUGCGACUGCGGCACACUCUUCUCGCGGAGGGAUAGCUUCAUCACCCACAGGGCUUUCUGCGACGCCCUCGCGCAGGAGAGCGCCCGGCUGCCGCCCCCAGGCCUCACCGCCAGCCACCUCUACGGCGCCACCAACGCGGCCAACAUGGGGCUCAGCCUCUCGCAGGUCGGUUCCCACCUCGCAUCCACACUCGGUGCGGACGCUCACGGCCACCAUCAGGACCUCCUCCGGCUCGGUGGCAGCAACGCCGCGAGCCGCUUUGAGCAUCUUCUGGGGCCGUCCAACGCCUCCGCGUUCCGGCCCCUGCCGCCUCCACCAUCGUCGGCAUUUCUCAUGGGCGCUCCGCAGGAGUUUGGCGCAGGCGACGGCAGCGGGUCCCACGGGUUCUUGCAGGGCAAGCCGUUCCACAGUCUCAUGCAUCUGCCGGAUCUCCAAGGCAACGGCGCCGGGGGUGCCUCGGCGUCGUCGGCUACGGGUCUCUUCAACCUUGGCUACAUCGCAAACAGUGCAAACAGCUCAGGUACUUCCAGCCAUGGCCAUGCAAGCCAGGGACACCUGACAAGUGAUCAGUUCAGCGAAGGAGGUGGCGGCGGCGGCUCCGAGUCAUCGGCCGCGAUGCUUUUUAGCGGCGGCGGGAACUUCGCCGGUGGUGACCACCAAGUUGCUCCUGGCGGGAUGUACAACAAUGAUCCGGCCGUGAUGCUGCCGCAGAUGUCCGCGACGGCGCUUCUGCAGAAGGCGUCCCAGAUGGGCUCCAGCGCGAGCGCGCACGGCGGCGUGUCCGUGUUUGGGGGGCUCGUGGGCUCGUCGGCGCCCUCCGCUAGGCACGCCCGGGCACCCAUGCUCGACCAGAGCCAGAUGCACCUACAGAGCUUGAUGAGCUCGCUGGCUGCCGGCGGCAUGUUCGGCGGCGCCAACAGCGGCAGCAUGAUUGACCCGAGGAUGUAUGACAUGAACCAAGAUGUGAAGUUUAGCCAGGGCCGUGGUGGCGCUGAGAUGACGCGCGACUUCCUUGGCGUCGGCGGCGAUGGUGUCAUGAGAGGCAUGACAGUGGCGAGAGCGGGGCACCAAGACGGUGCCGAUGACAUGAACUCCUUGGAAGCCGAGAUGAAGUCGGCCUCGUCGCCCUUCACUGGAGACAGGAUGCAAUAAGAGUUCCCAAUAAGAGAACCUUGUGUGCUCGCAUAGUGAGCGAGUCCUGUGCAGCCUGCCAUGCAUGCACCCAUGGGUGUACUGAAUCCAUUACAGCAGGUUGUUAUAGCGUACACUGCACAAGGCAUGGGAGUAGUAUAAGGUUGCUGCAUUCCAUGCAAUGAUGCAAUAAAGGGUAAAGACAGGUUUGCACCUAAUCCGAAGACUUGCAUGGUGAGCAAUGAGUAUCAUUCUUGAUUUGCUACUAAUCCAAAGAGGCUAGAUCAAGUAGAAUCAUGUGAUCUAUUAUCUAUUGCUCCAUGCUUGGUGGUUUCGUUCCUGUGUCAAACAUUUGUUUUUUCUGAACUAUAUGUAAUUGGAUUAAUUAUACCUGAGGAGAGAUAGUAUUAAGCAGUAAUGCUGUAGCUAGCUAGGUUAGUAGUACUGGGCUACUGGCUAUAUAUAUUAGGGGACGAUAUAAGAGUUCAUGCCCCUAAAACUUCUUCUGUUUGUUGUUUUUCCUUCUAUUGUGCUUGUGCUUACCGUGUACUCUUUAAUUUGGAGCAAAACCAUUUUUGUUGCU